AUGACAUUGAGCUGGAUUGACACCUUCAGCAAUGGUAUUCGAUGUUCAAUUUCGAAUCUUUCCGCGCCAACAACGCGCGUUAUCCCUACAGUCCAUUUUCACCGGGUCAAUAUCUCCUUGUACGAAGCGCAGAUUGACACAGACACAGGAGAUCGUAUUCCGAUCCCAAAAUCUGUUAUCAAUCGUGUCGUCAGCGCCAUCGUUCGUUUUCAAAUUAUUUGUGUGGAAAUUGGUGUUCCGUCUUCCAAUAUCCGGAUUAUCGCUACUGAAGCGACUCGAACAGCAAUCAAUUCCACGGCGUUCACUGAUGCGAUUUUCUAUAAAACUGGCCUAUCCGUGCAAAUGCUGCGAAAAGAAGAAGAAGGUAUUGUUGGAGCAUGGGGCAUUGCCAGCAGUUUCUCUGACGUGGAAGGGCUAGCUCUGGACUUGGGAGGAGGAAGUAUGCAAAUGACAUGGAUCAUGUCUCACGCGGGCAACAUACACCUUAGUCCCCAAGAAUCAGUCAGUUUUCCCUAUGGAGCGGCGGCACUGACACAGAAACUGGCCGAUUUGGAGCGAGGCAAGAGUAAAAAAGAAGCGGAAAAGGCCAAAGAGAAAUUUCGCGAAGAAAUGGCGAGUAACUUCCGUGACGCAUUUGAGCGCUUGGAGGUCCCUGAAAGUAUGAUCAAAAAGGCGCGUGCUAGAGGUGGAUUCCUGUUGUAUCUUUCCGGCGGGGGCUUUCGGGGCUGGGGUUAUCUUCUUUUAUAUCUUCAUCAGACUCGUGGUCAGAGCUAUCCCAUAUCAAUCAUCAAUGGGUAUUCGGCGCCCAAGGAGGAUUUCGAAAAUACCGAAGCUCUCAAAGAAGUGGCUCGUACCGCACAUGAGAUAUUCCGAGUGUCUGAUAGGCGGCGUAAGCAAGUUCCAUCAGUCGCAUUCUUGGUGAACGUUCUAGCCGAAUCAUUGCCUUAUGGCAUCAAAGAAGCCCAUUUUUGCCAAGGAGGAGUUCGAGAGGGGCUCUUAUUUCGAGAAAUGCCCCCAUUUAUCCGCCAGAAAGAUCCCCUCGAGGUUGCCACGGCCGCGUACGCGCCUUCCUCUGCCCAAUCAAUCGCGGCAUUGAUUUUGGCUACCCUACCACGACCAGCAGAAAAUCGCACCUUUCCAUCUUCUAUGACUGUACACCUGAUCCAAGCAUUUGCCAAUGCCCUCUAUUUCCACGCAACCAUGUCAAAAGAGUUAUCGUCAAGCGCCGCAUUAUAUAGCACGAGUACUGGAAUCCUUGCAUCGACACAUGGUAUCCCCCAUUCACAUCGAGCCCUCUUGGCUCUCAUGCUCCAAGAGCGGUAUGGCGGAGAGUUACCGCCACGUGACGUGGAUUUUAAAUCUCAUUUGCAAGGUAUUCUUACCCCAGAUGAGGUUUGGUGGACGCGAUACCUUGGUAAAGUUGGCCUUGUUCUCAGUCAGCUGUAUCCUACUGGCUCCAUUGACUCCUCCAAGCCGCGUAUUCUUCCCGCUGCCCGGUGGGUGAAAGGACUGGGGAAAAAAGGCAAGAAGGAUGGGCUGGAGCUGACAAUUUCCAUUCAAAGGGUUGAAUACGACCCAACUAAUCUUAAAGAAGAACUGAAGCACGACGUGCAGAAGAUCGAAAAGGUGGGGAAGAAGAAGAAUUGGAUUGGAGAUUGGGGCAUGAAAGUGGUUGUCCUUGUACAAGAAGAAGACAUAUUACAAUAG